AUGUCGGUGAACCCGAACAUGCCCCCGAGGUCCCCAACUGAAAUCAUUGCAUCUGACAGCAUAGAUGACAAGGCCUCAGCUCUGGAUGUCUCAGGACCCAUUAAGACCAGUUUCCUGGGGGGCCUGAUUGAUGUGAGAGGGUCAGCAGAAUAUCUUCACGACACCAAGAAGUCCAAGCAGCAGGCCAGAGUCACCGUUCAGUACAAAACCACCACCAAGUAUGAACAGCUGACAAUGAGCCACCUAGGAAGGCAGAAUGUCUCUUACCCAGAGGUCUUUGAGCAUGGCACAGCCACCCACGUGGUCACCGCCAUCCUCUAUGGAGCUCAGGCUUUCUUCGUCUUUGACCAAGAAGUUUCUUCAAUGGAGACGGUGAAAGAUAUAGAACAAAGUCUCCACGCUACCCUCAGGAAGGAAAUAUCUAUCGGAGGAGACAUAAAGGUCAGACUGACUGAGGAGGAGAAAGAGAAUGCUCUGAAGUUCAGAUGCAAGUUCCAUGGAGACUUUUCUUUGCAGAAAAAUCCAGUGACCUUCCAAGAUGCCAUGAAAGUUUAUGAAACUCUCCCAAAAAUGUUAGGGAAAGAUGGAAAGAAGGCUGUGCCUGUGCGGGUCUGGCUCUACCCUCUGACCAAGCUGGACACCAGAGCAGCCAAGGUGGUCCGUGAGAUCAGCCUAGGAUUGAUCUUUGAUGCUGAAAAGAUCUUGGAGGAACUCAGCGAAAUCCAGGUGCAAAGCAACGAUCUAGCCAAGAAUCCCAUGGCUGAGACCUUCCCUGAGAUCAAACAGAAGAUCCAAGAGUUCAAGGAUCUGUGCAAACAACACAAGCAGACUUUCCAGAAACAACUGGCUAGAAUGUUGCCUUCCAUCCGGGGAGGAGGGCUGGAAGAAGGGACUCUGGUGGACCUCUUGAUGUCCGUCAACCAGUCGCCCUUCAACAGCCAAAGUCUCCAUGAAUUUCUGGACACCAAGAAAAGAGAAAUGAACUUUGUCAAAUCUUAUCUGACUAUUCUAAAUAAUAUAGAAAUUAUCUCUUCCAAGAAUGGGAUGGAAGAAAUAGUUCUUCACCCACAGAAUGGAUACGUGGUCUCCUUCGUAUUCACUUCUUUACAUGAAGAGCCAUUUCUGUUGAGUUUACAAGAUUGGCUUCAGGAACAAUUCUUGCCAGAAUCAGCUAAGUCCAGAAGAUCCACUCCUGGGCUGAAGAAAGGCCUGUCCUGGUUUGAGGACAAGGAGUGGACCCGCAAUGCUCGCCAAGCUGCCAAGUCCAUGAAAGACUUUUUCAGUAUCAACCAAUCAAGUGAGAAAGUCCGCUUUGUUGUGGCUUCACUCCCAGAUGUGGAUAACCCAGGAGCCUCCACUUACCUUUAUGAAGAUGGGGUGCUGGUUAACAAAAACUUUGAGUUGCCCUCAAAACCUCUCACUUUCCUGAUUUUCGAAGUGAGACAUGAUAGCAUUCAACUGAAGUUUCAGCCAGCUGAAUAUGGGAGGGCUGCAAUCUCCAGCUAUCUGGUAGAGUACAAUAAGGUAGGGGAAGAAAACUGGAAGACCGUGAGGACAGAGGAUGCCAGGGAGAUGUUGCUGCUGAAAGAUCUGUCUCCAAACACAGACUUUCUAUUCCGGUAUGCUGCUUGUUGCAAGCUGGGCCUUAGUAAAUUCAGUGACCUGAGCCCACCCAUAAAGACCCUUCCCACCAGCCCUCCUGAGAAAUUAAGGACAGUCACUGCAACAUCUUCUGUCAUCUCUGUCACCUGGGUGAGUCCCAGCAUCGUGGCCUCCGGAGUUGUGGUCAAAGAGUACAAAGUGGAGUACAGAACAGUGGAGGCUGGAGCUAGGAAGGACCAGUGGACUGAAAAAAGAACAUGGAGAAAAAGAGAGUUUUAUCCCAUUGAAGGCCUGAAGCCCCAGAUGAUGUACAGAAUACGGGUGUUGGCCAUGUGUGAUAAUGGAGCUCUGGGUGUCCCCAGCGAGGAGGUUCAGGUCUCCACAUCACUGGAGGAAGAAAGUGUAGACAACAUACCCUACCAGUUCCUUCAGAAAAGCUACCUGGUGGAGGACAGACAGCCAUUAGUGUUCGCCCUUACCCUGGAGAAAGUCCCCUCAGAUGCCUCCACCUCCUGUCUCGUGUACCAGCUUGGAAAGAAGAACCCAGAAGUGCCCAAUAAAGUGAUCCUGGUGAUGGGAGCAACAGGAUGUGGGAAAACCACUCUGAUCAACGGGAUGAUCAAUUAUAUCCUGGGUGUCCAGUGGGAAAAUAAUUUCAGAUUCAAACUCAUUCAUGAAACCACCCAGAGAAGCGAAGCUGGAAGUAGGACGUCGGAAGUCACAGCGUACGUUGUGAACCAUCAGAAGGGUUUCCGAAUUCCCCAUUCUCUCACCAUCAUUGACACUCCAGGAUUUGGAGGCACAAGAGAUGCAGAGCAAGACAAACUGGUGGAGGAGCAGCUCCUGGAGUUUUUCUCCAUGCCAGGGGGCAUUGACCACGUGGAUGCCAUCUGCUUGGUGGCCCAGGCCUCCCUUGCCCAUUUAACUCGUGCCCAGAAACGCGUCUUUGAUUCCAUGCUCUCCAUGUUGGGAAGAGACCUGAAUGAUAACAUCCGGUGCCUGACCACCUUUGUGGAUGCGGGGACCCCACCUGUCCUGGAGGUCCUCAAGGAGGCUGACCCGCCGUGUGAUCUGGACGAGUCGGGAACCCCUGUGCACUUCAAAUUCAACUAUUCAUCUUUUUUUGCUCACCAAGGUAGACAUAAUGCUGCUGCUGAAAGGUCCUGGAAAAUGAGCACUGAGAGCAUGAAGAAUUUAUUUGACUCAUUAAAUACGGUGGAGACGAAAAGUUUAGCCUUGGCCAAAGAUGCCCUCGAGAGACGUCAGGAGCGGGAAGCUGCUCUUAGAAGACCUCCUUCAUUUAAAGUUGAGCCAGUCCAACCAAAAGGUUUCCAGAUCAGUAUUGAUCCACUGGCCUAUGGGAUGUCUCCAGUCUCCAGGUACCUGGUGGAAUAUCGGAUUGCAGGAGAAGAGAAUUGGAAAAGCCUUCUAACAGAUGUUCCUAAGGAUCAAUUCACCUUAGAGGAUGUGGACUUUAAUCUUCCAUACCAAUUCCGAUGUGCUGCUGUGACUCAACUAGUGCUUGGUCAAUGGAGCGAGAAGAUCACUUGCAUCCAUCCCUGGGUAAAGGUUUUACUUGUCAUUUUCCAUCUCUGGGGUGUGAUGCUCAUCUCUGUUUCUUAG